AUGCCCACCACCCAACUCCGCCACAUCCUCACCAAAAUCCCUCCCAAACCCAACAAUCCCACUACCUCACCCUCCCCCACCACAUCCAACCCAACAACACCACCCCUCACACCCCAAACCUUCUCCUCCCUCCUCCCCACCAACCCCGAGCCCCUCGCACCAACAAUCCACGACUGGCUCCGCAGCUCCAGUCCCCCGGCCAAGCACCCGCGACCACACGCGUACUACGAGCCCAUGGUACUAGGCUCGGUCAAGCCGAGGAAAAGGAGUAGUAAGAUGGCGCAUGAGCGGAGUCCCGAUUGGAGGGGGAUGAGGGGUGCUUUGAGGGUGUUUUGGGAUGGGGAUGAGGAAGAGGAGGAGGAACGGGGACGGGGGAGGACGAGGAUGAGGCUAGGGGUGAGAAGAGGAGAGGGAGAUCGAAAUGGGGAGGGAGAGAGGAGGAAUGGUAUAGAGCGAGGAGAAGGACGGGGGAUUCAUAUGGGCCCUCAAGCGGAGACGACGGUACCGGGUGAGAAUGCUCAGGUCGAGCGAGAGGCCCGGUUGACGGAACCUGUUGGACUCGCAGGGCGUGUGCAGCUGCGGCGAGAGAGGUCUGGAUCACGGCUUCCGGGUAACGAGGAGAGGCGAAUGUUCAAGACGGCAUUGGUGGCGGUGGAUCGACGCAAAGAGCGACGUGCCUUUCAUGGAGCGUUGCUGCAGGUACCAGCACGGACCGAACACCGUGAGCGAGGUCAAUCACAGGACCCUCGUGCUUUCCAGCUCAAUUCCUCCCAGCGGGCCGUUUCUGCUGUUGGGACUACCGAUGAGGCUGGACAGUCGAGUUCGCAAGGAACGCCAAUCCGCAACGAAGAUGGAAAGGAGAAGCAGAAUUCCUCUUCAAAGUACCUGCAAGUCCCACCACUACACAUGACGCGUGGAGAGCGUGAACGCCACGCUCAAUCGCAACGACUCCGUGAGAGCAUAUCUCUCCCGGACUUCCAGCAGGCUACUUCGGUGUCUAAGAAUGGGCAAGACAAGCCGUUGCCGCCUCAUCCUAAGCCGUAUAUCCUCGGGGAGCGGCCUACUGCUGCAGUUCCGGUCUCUCGGAGUUCUGGAGAAUCAGAGAGAGUCUGGUCGGAUUCGUCCGGCGUACCAGAAUCAUCUCUCUCGCGUCCGACGGAGCUCAUGUAUGAUGUAGGCCCCACGGCGAUGAAAAAGAAUGAGAAUGACCAGAGUGGUGAGGUCGUCGUGGGCGACGUCAGAAUUCCAAAGGCGCUGGUUCCGGGCCGUGUGAGCUUGUGGAUGGGUAAGGCUGAGGAACGGUCACUAUCUGCUGGUCCUUGUGGGCUUGCUGGGAGUGUCGACGAGUCCACGGUGGUUCCAACACGGCCCCCUCAGAUUGGAGCACUGGAUGUCGGGGAUGGGUUCCAGGAGACGCUCGCGCGGUUCACUCGUGGACGAUUGUAG